AUGAAGACUACAUUACUAGCUAUAGGCAUCGCGUGGUGGAGUAUAGCCAUCGGUAAUCUGGAAGUGCGGCCGGUGGGCUGGCUGGGCAACCUAGUGCAGUACCAUCGGCAAAAGCUAAUACAAGACGUGCGGGACGAGGCACCUAUUCAAGUAAAAGCUUCUAUCCACCCCCGGCCGGAGGGUUACGUGGACUCGCCUCUGUGGAAUGUGACAUCGGUGCUACGUCUGAUGGCGCUGGUCCGGCGCAGCGCGGGCGCGGGGGAGGUGCGCGCCGCGCUGCGCCGGAUGCUGACGCCGCGCGCGCGCAGGAUGAAGGAGUACUUUGAGGAGGAUGACGGUACGAAUAUACUGGAUGAGGACGCGGUGCUGAUCAUCAGUAACCCGGUGGAGGCUCGCCUGCCUAGCGCUCAGAUCAGCGUCAAACUACUCAAGUCAGUACCCUACGCUCACUCUAGGGUAGGGGAGGAGGGGGGGGCGAUCGUGUUAGGCUCGACGAAUAUGGAAAACUCAUACGACUACGGUGACGUCAGCAGCAGCGCCGGCGACGUGACCGCGGACGGCGCCACCUCCGCCGCCCCCGGAGCGGACGCCAACGCCAUCGCGCCGCCGCCGCCCGCCGGGGACGCCACCGAGGCCGCCGCCGAACCCGCCGAAUAA